AUGUCGCAAAGACCCUCCACGCCGGUCAAGGUGCCCUCCUCCGCCGCCGACUACACACCGGCCACGCUCGACCCGGAUCUACGCUCGCAGAUCAACACGAUUCUCCUCCGCGACGGCCACGUCCCCAAGUCCGUCCCUCCCCCUUCCCCCCUCUCUCCCUUCCCCUUCCCACUAACCAACCCCCCUCCCCCUUCCCGCAGGAUACAAGAACGACUCCUCCACGCCCUCAACGCCGACGCCUCCAACUGGCCGACCAUGGUGCAGAACCACGCGCUGCACCUGCUCCGGUCCGGCGAGGUGCUGACCUUUCCCGCGCUGCUGCGGCGCGUGCUCGACGACAUCCACGAGGCGACCAACAAGGCAGCAGCAGCGGCGACGACGACGACGAAUGGCAGCAGCAGCAGCAAGGCCGCGGCGGCGGCGACAAACGGGACCGACGGCACCACGCUGCUCGCGCUGGCCGUGCCGCAGGCCGUCGUGGACGAGACGAUGCGCGUCACAAAGGAGUGCCUGGAGACUGUGUGCGAGAUUGAGGACUAG